AUGAAUGGAGCUGUAGAAGCAGGGAACAAGAAUAUCAAAAGGAUAUUGAGGAAAAUGACAGAUAAUUACAAGUGCUGGCAUGAACAAUUGCCUUAUCCGUUGUUGGGAUACUGGACAACAGCCCGAACAUCAACAGGGGCAACUCCGUACUUUCUUGUCUAUGGUACUAAAGCAGUCAUACCUGCUGAAGUCAAAAUAACGUCACUGAGGAACAUUCAAGAAGCAGAAUUGGACAAUGCAGAAUGGGACAAAUGUUACUCAAGAGAGUGUUCCCACAUCAAGACGAGUACAAAGGAUAAUUCGCUCCCAACUGGCAAGGUCCUAGUGGUCCACAAAGUACUCUCCGGAGGAGCAGUGAUACUAGCAGAAAUGGAUGUCCAAGAGUGCCCCAAGAUAGACAAAACCAAAUGA